UCUGGCUCCUGCGCUUAUGUUUUUUUAUUGUCCGUAUACAGCAAGCUGCUAGUCGGAACAAAGCGCCGCUGGCUUCGCCAAACAAUUUUUUUUUCUUUUUGCUCGUGACAUUUAAACCAAACCAGAAAAAUGAGUGAUUGGGAGGACGAAAAAGAAUUCGAGGUUGCAGUUCCCAAGAAGUCAAAGUGGGACGACGAAGAUGUCGAGGACGAUGUAAAGGACGACUGGGAGGAAGAAUCGUCUGACGAAGAACAGAAGGAAGAAAAGAAGUUGCCUCCCGUCCGCAAGAAAGUCCCUCUUGCUCAAAAGAUUGCCGAGAAGAAGGCAGCUGAGGAAGAACGAAAGAAGGCCCUCGAAGCCAAGAAGGCUGAAAUCCGCGCCCGAGAAGAGGAAACCGAAGAGGAUGCCUUUGAGAGAAAACAAAGAAUGCGCCAACUUGAAGUAGAGGCUGAUAUGAACAGUGCCACGGAUCUGUUUUCGGGCGUUUCUGUCUCAAAGGAGGACAAGAACAAGCCUAUUGAAGAAUACAAACCCAAGACGCGCGUAGAAUACAACGAAUAUGCCAAGCGUCUCGCAGAGAUCAUUCUUGCAAACUCUAAAAGCGCAAACUACGGCGCGUUCCUUGACACCCUUGUUCGUGAGAUUGCCGUCCCAUGCAAGGAUAUGGAUAUCCGCAAGGCUGCAUCCAGCUUGACGGCCAUGGCCAACGAAAAGCAGCGACAAGCCAAGGAAGCCACCAAAACCAAGAAGAAAGGAAAGCCUCAACUUGCUGCUGCCGGCAAGAGUGCUACUUUGGAUGAAGGUGCUUCGUACAGAGAUGUGUAUGAUGACUUUGAUGACUUUAUGUAAUCUAAUAUCGUAAAAACAAUGGAAAAGUUCUAAACACAUUAUAAACAUUUUGUGCGCGUUUGGAUGGAAACGGUCUUGGGACAGUGUAUGCUCUCGUACAUAAC